AUUCCCGUGAGGAGCGGUGUCGGUUGGGUCACAUACCUUCUUUAACGGACACGAGACUCUAAGAAUAACCCUCAAGACAAAAGUGUAUGUGGUUGCUAUCUAUCCUUUUGCCCACAUAUAUCACAGACAUUCCCUCUUCAUGUUAGUUCGUGAUUGGAACUCCUUUCCCCACGAAACCUGAUUCCAAUAUAUAUAUAUAUUUAUACUUUAAGGAGCAUUUGCUAAAACGCGGCUAAUGGCUAUAUACGCCCAGGCCGGCAUUUAGCUUUGUCAUCCUUGGCCAUUCUUCUUUUUCUCACGUAUGCAGGAAACCAGCCCACUGUUUUAUUCUUUCUUUUUAUAACUAUUUUUUCUUCAUGCAUGUAAAUCCUAUCAAAAUCUAAUUCCAUUAACAUUUUUUUAAUAUUUAAUUUUUUUUAUAAAUUUUGGUGAUGCAUGAAAGGUAAAGAUUUCUUUACUUAAAAGAUUAUCUAUAUCAUCUGUGUUUUUCAAUCAAUAUCUUUAAUUUUGUCAAUUAAAGCAAUAAAAAUUCAAUUUUUUUCUUUCUUCUAAUUCAACAAAAAAUGGAACCUGAGAGACCAAAUUAUGGUGCGAUAAUGGUUCACUUGAAAAAACCGUAUUGGGUUUUCCUUAUUCUUCUCUUUACGUUCGUAGCUGUUCUCACUUUUCAACUCUCCACAAAAGAUAUCCUUCCUUUCCAAUUCUUUGGCGUUACUGGAUCACGUAAAACCAGCGUCACAUCCGGCUCAGACCCCGUCCCCGACCCCGGAAGUUGCGCCGGGUUGUUGGGAGAGUUUCCUGAGAGAAAACAUGUUAUGUCGAUAAAGGAAUUCGGGGGAGUUGGCGAUGGGAAAACCUCAAAUACAGCUGCAUUUUGGAAGGCGAUAGUUCACAUGCAACGUUUUAGUAAUAAAGGCGGGGGUCAGCUUAAUGUGCCCAAAGGAAAGUGGUUAACAGGAAGCUUUAAUCUCACCAGUAAUUUCACUUUGUUUCUUGAAGACGGUGCAGUUAUUUUAGGUUCUCAGGAUCCAAAGGAAUGGCCUGUUGUAGAACCAUUGCCUUCUUAUGGUAGAGGGAGAGAGAGACUGGGAGGAAGACACAUAAGCCUCAUUCAUGGAGAUGGUCUUACCAAUGUAGUCAUUACAGGACAGAACGGGACAAUUGAUGGUCAAGGUGGGAUGUGGUGGGAUUUAUGGCAGAACAGAAGGCUAACACACACAAGGGGCCACCUCGUAGAGCUAAUGAACUCUCAUAACAUUCUUAUCUCUAACUUAACCUUCCAGAAUUCGCCAUUUUGGACCAUUCAUCCUAUUUACUGCAGCAAUGUCGUUAUUAAGGGCAUGACAAUAUUGGCUCCCCUUAAUGCCCCAAAUACAGACGGAAUAGACCCUGACUCAAGUACCAAUGUAUGUAUUGAAGACUGCUAUAUUGAAAGUGGAGAUGAUCUUGUAGCAGUGAAAAGUGGAUGGGACCAGUAUGGCAUCAGAGUGGCACGACCAAGCUCAAACAUAAUAGUAAGGAGAAUCUCAGGCACUACACCAACUUGUUCUGGUGUUGGCAUUGGUAGUGAGAUGUCUGGAGGGAUUUCUAAUGUAAUUAUUGAAGAUAUGAAUAUUUGGAAUUCAGCAGCUGGGGUUCGUAUAAAAACUGACAAGGGCAGAGGAGGAUACAUUGCAAAUAUCACCAUAAAAAACAUAACAAUGGAACGAGUCAAAAUACCCAUUAUGUUCAGUAGAGGCGCCAAUGAUCACCCUGACUAUGGAUGGGAUCCUAAAGCUAUUCCUAAAAUAAAGGGGAUUUUCAUUAGUAACAUUAUGAGUUUGAAUUCAACAAAAGCCCCCAUACUCGCUGGUAUCAAGGGUGGAUCAUUUGAAGGGCUAUGCUUCAAGAAUGUUACACUACUUGGACUUGCCCCAACUGCAGCAUGGCAUUGUGAGUUUGUUUCUGGUUGUACCAAUGCUGUGUUUCCAUUGCCAUGUCCCCAGUUGCAGAACAAUGGCUCCUCAGCAUGUUGCAUAUAGACUCAAGUUUGAAAUAUAUGGAAGUUUCAGGUGAAUCAUUUCACUAAAUAAGUCCGAACUUCAGUUGGUCAUGCGAUUCUUCCUCUAUUCUCCAUGUGAGGGAGAUAUGAAGUUGGGUUUUGAAAAAGCCUGCAGACUAGAAGAGUUACUGGCUGAGUUAGCCUCCUGCAAUAUUGUCAAAAUAUAUGAUUCGUGGAGCAGUUAGACUUGCUUGGGCAGUGGACAAGAUAGUCUGGUGUAUUGAUGGCAUGCUCUGGGUUUAUUCAACCAAUGACAACCAAAUAUCACAUGUAAAAAGAACACAGAAUUCAUUUUAUUUUUAUAAAGGAAUAUUAUUAUUAAUAUUAUUGCUGUUGUCACUCAUCUCAUUACUUGUCCUACAUAUUGUUUGUGUUGAUCCUUUGAAGAUGCGGCCAGAUCAGAUAAUUAACAGUGCUUGUAUAUCCAGCUGAGGGAGCAAUGGUAAGAUCAUCUCUAAGUUGAGGUCAUGCCAUUACCAGAGGCAUCAAAGCAAAAUAUAUGAAAUAAGCAUAUCAUCUUGCAUUUUAAACUGAAAAACAUAGAUUCAUCAAACUUUUAACUAAUUUUUACGUAAUUACUCUGGUUAACAUAAUAUAGUAAGAACGUUCUGUGUAUUUUGCUGAGUCAGCAGUGCUGCUGUUUAGAUCGGUUGAAUGGUUUCUGAGGUUCAAUGAUAGUCAAACACUCCAAUGGAGUAUAUAAUAUGUGAUUUAACUUUUUAACAUUGCAGUGGAGUUUAGCAAUCCCAUCAACCAUUUAUAAGAGAAAUAUAACAGAACCAUAGGGAAAGCUAACAAAACAAAUGGAUAGGGAAGUCUCCUAAAAUGGAAAAAUUAGAUACAUGUUGAGGUAGAGUGGAUAGUUUAAGUGAAAAAAUACAUUUGGAUCGCAUCACCAUUUCCAGAAAACGUUGGAACCACACUUGUAUUUGUCCUUCCCUUCACAUUCCAAGGCCAAAUCAUCAGAGA